AUGGGAAAUGAAGCCAGUUACCCGGAGGAGAUAUGCUCCCACUUCAGCUCCGAUGAAAUUAAAAGACUGAGCAAGAGGUUUAAGAAGCUGGACUUGGACCGUUCAGGCUCUCUGAGCGUGGAGGAGUUCUUGUCCCUGCCCGAGCUGCACCAGAACCCAUUGGUGCAGCGAGUGAUCGACGUCUUCGACAUCGACGGCAAUGGAGAAGUGGACUUCAAGGAGUUCAUCCUGGGGACCUCCCAGUUCAGCGUCAGGGGGGACGAGGAGGAGAAGUUGAGGUUUGCCUUCAGCAUCUAUGACAUUGAUAAAGACGGCUACAUUUCGAACGGGGAGCUCUUCCAGGUGCUGAAGCUGAUGGUGGGCGACAACCUGAAGGACUGGCAGUUACAGCAGCUAGUGGACAAAACCAUCAUCGUCCUGGAUCGGGAUGGAGACGGGAAAAUCUCCUUUGAGGAGUUCAGGGCUGUGGUUGGAGGCCUGGAUGUCCACAAGAAGUUGGUGGUGAUUGUGUGA